GAUAUGAGAAUCAAAAAGAAAAUUUUAUGAUGCUUUUUUAGCAAUGCCAUGAAUAUCAUUAAUAAAAUUAGAUUAUUGCUCAAGAGAUUGAAGGUCUCAAAGAUGAAAAUGAUGAUUUAAAUAGAGGUAAUCAUCAUUAAUUUAUAUUUAUUUUAGAAUGUUAACAUUUAGAAGGUUAAUCAGAACAAUAAAUUAGAUAUAUUAAUUGUUUAAAAUAGUUAAAUUAAAAAACAGAAGAGGUACUACAGAAAUUAUAGGACUAUUAAGAAGAAUUGAAAUAGUUAUUACAUAAAGGAAAAUAAGAUCAAGGACCUAAAUUUGAUCCUAUUUAAUUUAUUAAAAGUGUUACUCAUGCAUAACAAGAAGUAGACAUUCCUCAAGAACUAUGCGAAGUUGAAUAAAGUAUUCAUUUAUAAUAAUAAUAAAUAGACUUAUCUUUCAUUCAAGAAAUUAACCAAGUUCCUUAGAUUUAAUAAACAGAAAAGCAAGAAAGUCAAGGCCUUUUAAUUAAAUAUAAAUAUUUAGCUGCAAUUACAGCAACAAUUAUAUUGGGAGUCAUUGUAAAAAAAAAGUUACUGUGA